AUGUUGCUCAAUGCUCGGAUGUUUCUUCUGUGGGUUUCUGGUCAAACUGACUGUCGAAGUGAUGAAGACAUGGUUUCUAGAGAUGAAGCUUUGUUCUGCACAUUAUGCAAUACUGAAGUUCGCAAGUUCAGCAAGCAUUGCAGAAGUUGUGAUAAAUGUAUCGAUGGAUUCGAUCACCAUUGUCAUUGGUUGAACAACUGUGUAGGAAGGAAAAAUUACAUCACCUUUAUUACUCUCAUGGCAACCAACCUUGUUUGGCUUGGUGUUGAGUUUGGUGUUGGGAUUACAGUCCUUGUUAGAUUCUUUAUCGAUCGAAAAACUAUGGACCAUCAAAUAUCAGAAAAGCUCGGCAUUGGAUUUUCCUGCCCUCCAUUCGCGGCGGUAGUGGCACUCUGCACUGUUGUAUCUUUCCUUGCCACGAUAUCCCUGGGCGAGCUAUUCUUCUUCCACAUGAUUCUGAUAAGAAAGGGUAUCACAACAUACGAGUAUGUUGUUGCUAUGAGAACACAAAGUGAACCACCAGGACCAUCGGUCGAUGGAGGAGGUGAGCAGCAAAGUCUUCCAUCUUCACCGACGAGUUCCGCUGUGACAGCAAUUAGUGGAAGAAGCUCACUUGGAAUGGGGUUGCAGUACAAAGGCGCUUGGUGUACCCCUCCAAGAAUCUUCAUGGACAACCCGGAUGAGAUCAUCCCACAUUUGGAGCCAGGACGCCUACCUUCAACUGUUGAUCCAGUCCCAGACACAUUACCAGAAGGCAGCAAGAGAUUACCACCGCGUCAAGUGCGGAUCAGUCCAUGGAAGCUCGCAAAGCUGGACUCUAAUGAGGCAGCUGCUAAAGCCCGAGCAUCUUCCUCCGUGCUCCGCCCAAUCAAAUCCCCUCGCCACCAGCCUUACGACACUGAUCAUCUCUCAGGCAGCAACUUCAGUGCCCCAAGCAACCUGAGCCAGACGAGCAGGGAGGACAUCGAGUCAUGCCGCCACAGUGUCAGCAACAUGAGCAGUGCCAAUGUGUUACACCUGGCUACCUCGCCAAUGCAGAAUAGAGACCAUUUCAACCCAAUGUAUCAGUCCUCGGCUGGCCAGUCUCCACACUCAACGGCUGUAAAUCACAAUGUGGGUCGAGUCCAGCCGCAAGUGGCAGCUGCUGGGAGGAGGAACAAUAACGUGGGUGGUGGCGGUGUCGGGAUGGAGAGUAUGAGAGCUACAGGUCACUGGGAUUCAGAUGCUGGGCGAUUUGUGCCCUCGUCGACCCCAAGAGUGGGUGGCGUCGCUUCUGCCAAUAAUGCCAGUGCGUCGCAAGUACCUGGAGCAGAGCUUUUGUACACAGAGCAGUCGAUAUUCUUCGGAGGGCCAGUGGUUGGUCAUCAUCAGGGGUUGUGUUUGUUCCGAGUGAUUAUAAUCAGCCGAACGAGUUCCCACCGGGCUAUAGAUUUCCAUAGGUUUUUAACUUGGAGAGCAGGAAAGAGAGGAAUGCAGAAUCUGGUGUACAGAAUUUUUCAGAGCUCUCUCUUUUGUGAGAACGUUUUGACCUGA